UCUGUCUUUCCUUUUCUCUGAUAUAAACAAAAUUCAAAUCACUUGCAAGAAUUUCAUUUUGAAUUCUAAAGAAAACCAGAAAUUCAUUUUUAUCUAUUUUGCUCUCUUCAUUGAUUUUCCAGGGCUGUUUUUGCAAUGGAAGAUUCUGUGAGAAGGAAACUGACAAUGCAAAACGAGGUUCUCAAAUGGUUGGAGGACUUCUCAGAAAAGCUGCAAAAGAGAGCAGAUGCUACCACAGUGGAAGUACUUGGGUUGCUAGACCAGACUGAAGUUGUUGAGCGAGAUCUGAAGAACACUUUCAAUUCUUUUCGCAACCUCUCCUAUCACCGAUUUAUUGAAAAUAAAAUAUCCGAAGAAAAGAUAACCGACAGUAUGAAGGAAGACAUAAAAAAUUCAGUUCAUGCAGGCAUUCCUGCUCAGAGUUAUGAAGUUGACAUAUUGCCAAGAUAUAAGGAAGCUUUAUCCCUGGGCCUGAGUUCAUACAAGCAUCACUUGCAGAAAACAAAGAUAACUGCAUCAACAGGUUCUGUUUUCAAAAUUGGGUCAGCACGUGGUCCACUCCCUCAUAUUAUUGGCUCAGAAGAGUAUAUUCAUGACAACAGCUGUGGAUUAGCAAUUGAUAAUUUCAUGUCAGAUGCAGCAUCACUUGAUUUCAGACAUGCAGUGGAACCGAACUCACUGCAUUCGAGUUCAGGAGAGUCCGGCUCUCAUGCUAGGUUCAAUGCAGAUUUGUUUGGGAUGGAACAAGGUCCAUCUGAGAAGGAUGGAAUUGAACCCCUGGUAUCUGCUGCAUUAGAUUUCAAAGCGAUGCUUGAGGCGGCACUUCUUAGCCCUUAUAAAUUCUAUGAUGAGGAUAGUCCCUCGUUACCUGAUGCUGUGAGUGGCUAUAACAACAAUGUGGAAUAUUUGCAUGCAAAGGUGGAUCAUGCAACAUCUACAGUAUCGAGCACUGAUGUAAUUUCAAAGUCCCAACACCGUGGUAUUGAGGAUGCUGCUGCCAGUGUGGCCGAUACUGCAGGAAAUCUUACUUUCUUUCAAGAUUCAGACAUUCACAGACAUAAACUAUGUUCUGCAUUUCUCUCUGAUAGCCUUUUUGAUACAGAAGAAGAAUCAGUUCCUUCCAAUCAACAGCAAUCCGAUUGUAUUCCUACAUCAACUGCAGAGGUUGUUUCCUCAUUAUCAGUAAGCACCUCUGGUUUAUCCUUUCAAGAAAGUUGGGAUGUUUCCUCAAGUAAUGAGAAAGAAAAUGCAUCAAAAGAAGUCCCACCAGAAAUCGUUUCUACCUUUAGAGAAGAUAUUGCUUCAAAUUCCAACUCAUUAUCCUCAAGUGAUUGUGGUGAUAGAACAGAAUUUAGUAAGAGACUGUCUGGAUCUGAUUGCUUGGUUAGUCAAGUUCCCGAGGAAGGGAAACCAUCUGGUAGUAGCUCAGUGACCUUUCACGAUUCAUUCAAUCAUGAGAUUGCUUUAGAUCACGCUAUGCAAAGAUCAUUACCUCUUCCAGCAAAGGUGGUGUUUGAUGAUUUUGAUAGUGAUGAUGACAAUGAUCUUCCAAAGCCCGUUCAUGCUCUUGGACAUCAAGUUAUGCCUAAGACAGCAGUUGUAGUUGUGAAUUCAGACACCAGUCAUGCCAUCCCCACUUGUGAGUUUAGUCCUUCAAGUGCUGUUGGUGGACUGGUCAGUGAAAUUCAGCCAAAAUCUACUAGCAGCAUCUUUUCAGUAAGUUCAUCUAUGAUAGCCAAUACAGAGAGUUCAUCUCCGCCAAGAGAAUUUGCACAAAAUAAAUUAGCCAAGUCAGUUAUUAACGAAAUGCCUAGACAAGAGGAGCCCACAUUCUCGACAGUGGUGUCUGUUUCUCAAGAACCAGGAAGCCUGUUCUUGCCAGCCACUUUGAACAGAUUCCCUGAUUUGGAUGCCUGUUCGAGCUCUAGCAAGGGGAAUACUAGCGGUGGUUCAUCUCUUGAAGAAAUUACAGAACCAACAGAAAGCUGCAAUGUUGCACAACUACCAUAUAGGCAGUUGCAAGCAUCAAUGGUUGUUGGGGAGCCAUCCAUAGUGAGAAUUAAGGAUGAUUCUGUAGCCGGCAGUGUUCAACACUUUUCUGUUCCUGGAGAGACUGUUGGUGGGGGACCCUCUCUGGAUACUGAAGAAAGUAAAAGAUUUCAAUACCCUUCUUCUGAGAAGAGCUGCAAGUUGGAUUCAGCAGUGAAUGAUUUAUUAGAGGCAGAAGAUGUCCAACAUACAUCAACUACUCAAGUAGAGCAACAUGGAGAUCAAGGAGCAAGCAGUAAUUUGAACUACAGAAGCGCGGUUUUCACUGAGGGGAAGAAAGAUGAUACAGCCCUUGGAACGCAACCUCCAGAAGGAAAAAGGUCGGUGAUCGAAUCGCUUCUAAAACUUCCUGUGAGGCGUCCUUCGCUUUUUGACAGCAAUGAGGAAUAGAUAGAUCUAUAUUUUUUUGUUAACCAUCUGAGGAAUUCAUGAUUCUCGGCUGCUCAACCAAUGAUCAAUUCCUUUUAUGGAUGUAGUGUUAUUGUGUUUGGGUUAUAUAAAUUUCCAAUCUUAUUAUAAUGUAUUAUCAUUCAUUUA